AUGUCGACAGGUGCAUUCAACGGCUACAAGCCUGUGCCACUGUCAGAAGGGGAGGAUUUGUAUGGUCCGGACCCCUACGACUACAACUUCUGCACCCCGAUCGACUUCUCUCGCCUCGAGAACAAUCGCGUCGCCCUUGUACCACUCAUCCCCCGCAUCCACGCACAACACUGGGUCGAGCAGUCGAAUCAGCAUCCUAGCUUCGAAGCGUGGCUCACGUUCCGCCACGAAACAAUCGAGCAACUCUUGCAGAAGCUCGAGCUUUGGCGCCGCAACCCUGAGCAGAUCGCGUUUGCCAUCAUCGACAAGGGCCGCCCUGGUCAAGCGCCGGUUGUCCCUGGCGGGAGCUUUGCAGGUAUCAUCGGCCUUCUGCACUACUCCCCGAGGACCUUAUCGACGGAGAUCGCACCCGUCAUGACGUUCCCGGCCUUUCAACGGACCUAUGUAACAUCGAAUGCCGUCGGCCUGUUACUUCGCUACUGCCUCGAUGUGCCCGCUCAAGGCGGCUUGGGGCUUCGUCGCGUUCAGUGGAUCUCCAACCCUCUGAACACCGCAUCGGUCAAUGCAGCGAAACGGAUGGGAUUCAAGAGUGAAGGUAUCCUGCGCUGGACUAUGCUACUCAAGGACAACAAGAAGGUUGGCCAUGGACGUGCUUUGCGAGAGGGAGAUCCGCUACCCACCCAGCCUGGUCGAGAUGAUGAAGUUCUCUCGCUCUGCUGCGACGACUGGGAGGCUGGUGGGCGCGAGUUGGUACAGACUCUUGUGGAUCGGAAGUAG